CAAACACGGCCGCGGCGCCGGCAGCCGGUCCACUGCGGCGGGACAUGGCCAACGUCUCCAAGAAGGUGUCGUGGUCCGGCCGCGACCUGGACGACGACGAGGCGGCGCCGCUGCUGCGGAGGGCGCCGCGGCCCGGGGCGCCGGCCGGGGAGGCGGCGCCGCUGCUGAACGGAGCCGGGCCCGCGGCCGCCCGCGCGUCACCACACUCGGCAUUCUUUCGGAUCGGACAGUUGAGCAGCGUGGAGCUGGACGAUGAGCUUCUGGACCCUGACAUGGACCCCCCUCACCCCUUCCCCAGGGAGAUCCCACACAACGAGAAGCUGCUGUCCCUCAAGUACGAGAGCCUGGACUACGACAACAGCGAGAACCAGCUGUUCCUGGAGGAAGAGCGGCGCAUCAACCACACGGCCUUCCGGACGGUGGAGAUCAAGCGCUGGGUCAUCUGCGCCAUGGUGGGCAUCCUCACGGGUCUCGUGGCCUGCUUCAUUGACAUCGUGGUGGAGAAGCUGGCUGGCCUCAAGUACAGGCUCGUCAAGGACAACAUCGACAGGUUCACCGAGCACGGCGGGCUGUCCUUCUCCCUCCUGCUCUGGGCCGCACUCAAUGCCGCCUUCGUGCUCCUCGGCUCCACCAUCGUCGCCUUCGUAGAGCCGGUCGCCGCUGGCAGCGGGAUCCCCCAGAUCAAGUGCUUCCUCAACGGGGUGAAGAUCCCCCACGUGGUCAGGCUCAAGACCCUGGUGAUCAAAGUGUCCGGCGUGAUCCUGUCAGUGGUGGGGGGGCUGGCCGUGGGGAAGGAGGGGCCGAUGAUCCACUCCGGCUCGGUGAUCGCCGCGGGCAUCUCCCAGGGCCGGUCCACGUCGCUGAAGCGGGACUUCAAGAUCUUCGAGUACUUUCGCAGAGACACGGAGAAGCGGGACUUCGUCUCGGCAGGAGCUGCAGCUGGAGUGUCCGCAGCCUUCGGGGCCCCCGUGGGUGGGGUGCUGUUCAGCUUGGAGGAGGGUGCGUCCUUCUGGAACCAGUUCCUGACGUGGAGAAUCUUCUUUGCUUCCAUGAUCUCCACUUUCACCUUGAACUUCGUCCUGAGUAUUUAUCAUGGGAAUGCAUGGGACCUGUCCAGCCCUGGGCUCAUCAACUUCGGAAGAUUCGAUACUGAGACCAUGGUGUACGUGAUCCAUGAGAUCCCCAUCUUCAUCGCCAUGGGCGUGGUGGGGGGCAUUCUCGGAGCUGUGUUCAACGCCUUGAAUUACUGGCUGACGAUGUUUCGAAUCAGGUACGUCCACCGGCCCUGCCUCCAGGUGGUCGAGGCCACGCUGGUCGCCGCUGUCACCGCCACGGCCGCCUUCGUGCUCAUCUACUCGUCCCGGGACUGUCAGCCCCUGCGGGGGAGCUCUGUGUCCUAUCCCCUCCAGCUCUUCUGCGCUGAUGGUGAGUACAACUCGAUGGCUGCGGCCUUCUUCAACACCCCAGAGAAGAGUGUGGUCAGCCUUUUCCACGACCCCCCAGGCUCCUACAACCCCGUGACGCUUGGCCUGUUUACCCUGGUCUACUUCUUCCUGGCCUGCUGGACCUACGGGCUCACGGUGUCGGCCGGUGUCUUCAUUCCGUCCCUGCUCAUUGGCGCUGCCUGGGGCCGGCUGUUCGGCAUCUCCCUGUCCUACAUCACGGGGGCCGCGGUCUGGGCGGACCCUGGCAAAUACGCCCUAAUGGGAGCCGCUGCCCAGCUGGGUGGGAUCGUGAGGAUGACGCUGAGCCUAACGGUCAUCAUGAUGGAGGCCACCAGCAACGUGACCUACGGCUUCCCCAUCAUGCUGGUGCUCAUGACCGCCAAGAUCGUGGGGGACGUCUUCAUCGAGGGCUUGUACGACAUGCACAUCCAGCUGCAGAGCGUGCCCUUCCUGCACUGGGAGGCCCCCGUCACCUCGCACUCACUCACCGCCAGGGAGGUGAUGAGCACGCCGGUCAUCUGCCUGCGGAGGAGGGAGAAGGUGGGCGUCAUCGUGGACGUGCUGAGCAGCACGGCAUCCAACCACAACGGUUUCCCCGUGGUGGAGGAUGCUGACGGCACGCAGCCAGCUCGGCUCCAGGGCUUGAUCCUGCGCUCGCAGCUCAUCGUCCUGCUCAAGCACAAGGUGUUCGUGGAGCGCUCCAGCAUGGGCCUGCUGCGACGCCGGCUGCGGCUAAAGGACUUCCGCGACGCCUACCCACGCUUCCCCCCAAUCCAGUCCAUCCACGUAUCGCAGGACGAGCGGGAGUGCACCAUGGACCUGUCCGAGUUCAUGAACCCCUCGCCCUACACGGUGCCCCAGGAGGCGUCGCUCCCACGGGUGUUCAAGCUGUUCCGGGCCCUGGGCCUCCGGCAUCUGGUGGUGGUGGACAAUUGCAAUCAGGUGGUCGGGCUGGUGACCAGGAAGGACCUGGCCAGGUACCGGCUUGGAAAGGGGGGCCUGGAGGAGCUCUCUCUGGCCCAGACGUGAGGCCCUGGCGCCUGCACCUCCCCCAGGGCCCCGCCUCACUCCCUGGCAGCAGAUCCAGUGACUGUGAGACAUUGGGGAUGGCCCGGCCAGCGUGUGGCGCACAUGGACACUCUUGUGUUCUCAGCGUCCCCUCCCCCAACCUCACCCCUGGGCUUCCGCACCCAGCCUCCUGUUCCUGAUUCUUCAGGAAUCUGUGCAACUGCUGUUUUCUUCCCGAGAGCCCGUGAGCACGCGUGUGCAAGGGGACAGCUGGCGAGCAGGGGCCCGUGGGUCUGAGUGCUGCAGCCCCACAACAGGCUGGCUCCUAGGCCCGCGCCCUGAGCACCGCCAGCGGCUGCAGCAGACGCCCCUGGCCCUGGCCCUCGGGCCUCGGCUCGGUUGGUGGCCAUCAGGUUUGGGGUCUGGACAGAGAUCCGAACUGGAGGCACAGAGGCGAGGGCUUGGGGAGCAGGACCACCCUGGAACGUAGACCCCAGAGCCAAACUCCGAGACUCACUUCUGCAGCCCCGGCCUCGCCCCCCUCAGUGCAGUGGGGUCUGGGACCAGGGGGAGACCUGAGACCCUCCUUCAGGCCUGGACCCCCGAGUUGAACCACGCCUCUGUCACCACGCCCUUGUGGACACCGCUGGGAAGGCGGAUCUUCUUGGCACAUGGUGCCCCAGUGGCCCUGAGCGAUACGCUGUAGCAGCUCUGCUUACAGUAUCGGGGGCAGGGGGUUUCUGGGAUGAGUCAGCGAGCCCAGAGCAGGGAUGCACCCUUCCCAGGCCAGGCAGGCCCAGAGCUGGGAUGCUGUGUCCCCGAGGCCCCACGGGACCGACCUUCUGCAGGGACUGGCGUCCCUGGCCCACUCUGGUGGCAGCCAUGGAUGGCUUUGUGGUGGGUUGGCGGGCACUCCAGCUGGGUUUCAGCCCCUUUCAAGGGGGUGGGGCCUCGGAAGGUGGCUCUCUUCCUGGUGGGGAAGCCCUCUGAGGGGGGCACGGGGGUCCGAGUGUGGGGAUCUGAAUGGGAGAAAUAAAGGAAUGGUACUGAU